UCAAAUUAUUAGGAUCCGAAUGGAUAAUGGAGAUUGUUUCUGGACAUUCAGAUAAGAUAUAUGAAGCCUUCAGGAUGAAGAGGCAUAUUUUUCUGAAUUUAUGUGAUUUGAUGAGAGUAAGAGGUUGGUUAAAAGAUAGUCAAUAUAUUCAAAUAGAUGAACAAAUUGGGAUAUUCUUAUAUUUGGUUUGUCAUGGUAGCUCAAAUAGAGAUUUAUGUGAGAGAUUUCAACAUUCUGGAGAAACGAUCAGCAAGUAUUUCAAUAAAGUGUUGAAAGCAAUUAUCAAACUUUCAAAAGAGAUAAUCAAACCACCGUCCUUUGAUGUCAUCCCACAUGAAAUUCUUAUGGAUCCUAGUCAUAAGCGCUACUUCAAGGACUGCGUAGGUGCUCUGGAUGGCACCCAUAUAAAUGCUAUUAUCCCGGUGUCUCAGCAGGUUCGAUUUAGAGGCAGGAGAGGGACUACCACACAGAACGUGUUGUGUGUUUGCUCAUUUGAUAUGAAAUUUACUUUCGUGUAUGCUGGAUAGGAAGGAUCUGCCAAUGAUUGUCGAGUGCUUUCAGCAGCACUCGAAACUCCUCAAUUGCAAUUUCCCCAACC